GCUCCAGAGAGUUUCGGCCCCGAUUCUCUUUCUCCUAGGUGGCUGUCCCGGCAUCGCUGCUUUCUUGAAGCAUUUGGCGAUGGUCGUCAAUCACAGUUCAAUGGCCGUGUGGCUCAAUGGCAGAGCGUCUGACUACGAUUAAGUACAUCAGGAGGUUGCAGGUUCGACCCCUGUCUCGGUCACAAGUUCAAUCCCCUUCUGUGAAAGAGGAUGUGAUUUCUUUUUUCCCUUUUUACAUUUUGCUGCCUUUUGUUGCCUUCUCUCGCCUCUGUCCUGUGGAAUAUCAUUCGCAGGCUGCCUUUCGUCUUUUUCCCCAUCUUUUUUCUUUUUUUUUUUUUCUUUCUAGUACAUGAGUUCAUAAGUUCAUGUUCUGAUUUGGUCGAGC